CCUCUGUUUCUGAUCCCAAUUCCCAAUUACUCUUUCCUUUGAAUUUACUUCAAUUGAACUCAACCAAUUUAUUGUAAAAAAAAAAAAAAAAUCGAUUUUGAAUUGUGAUUUAGUGCCAUUUUUUUUUUUUAGAGGAAUUGGAAUUAUACAGACAUGUUCUAUGGAACGGCAGUGUGGGAUCCAUGGCUUAUUGUUGCACAGAUUGUGUGUUUUCAAUGUUUAUAUUAUUUGACGCUUGGGAUAUUCAUGGUAAUUCUUGUGGGGACACGUGUUUCUCGAAUGAGUCUUGUUUAUUUCUUUGAUUAUGCAACUGUUACUGCUUCCACUGUAACUGGAUGGUGUGUUAUUGCUUCAUUCAUUCUCACUUCAAUUGCAGGAGCUGGCUUUUUACUUUAUUUGAUUGAGAGGGCAAAGAAGUGCUUAGAUUUUUCAGCAAGUCUCUACAUCAUCCAUCUUUUAAUAUGUAUUAUCUAUGGAGGUUGGCCUUCUUCAGUAACAUGGUGGGUUGUGAAUGUUACUGGGCUUGCGGUGAUGGCAUUGUUAGGUGAAUACUUGUGCAUAAGACGUGAAUUACUAGAAAUUCCAAUUUCAAGAUUCCGAUCAAGGUCAGUCAGUGAGGAGAAGCCAAACGAAGACAUGGAUGAGCAAAUCCCUUUGUAUCGUGCGGACAAUAUGGCUUGAAGAAAUCGUAGGUGCUUUGAGGGUAGGGAGGAAUAAUUGCUUUUAUGUUUGACUGAGUUGAAGCACAAGAGCAAGAACAAUUGUCUUCCGAUUUUGUGAUGUUGUUUCCCUGAUCUGGAUAAGCUUGUUUGUUUACAAGUUCGUCUUCUGAUCUGACAUUUGAAGCUUCUAAAAAUGUCAUGUCGAAUGUGUUGGGAGAUUGAAACGCUGGACAGGAAACAAGCUAAGCAGAGAAGUUCUCAGACAUUUUAUGUACAACUUGAGGAGACUUAGAAUGAAGUAGCAGUUCUUAAUGAGAACGACUGUGUUUGGCAAGCUUUAUGCUAAGCACUCAGAAAGCAUUCGUAAGGUUUUUUAUUUGUAUAUUGCAUGUUGUAGGUGUUGCAGUCAAUGUACUUUUGUAAUUCUUCUGAUACAGUAAUUGAAAAUUGUUUGAUG